GUGGUUGUCAUUCACUAGAACAGAAAACUUAGGGCUAGGGCCACUUCCUGUUAGGUAAAAGAUUGACACAGAAGAAGCAAUCAAAACAGAAAGGCUAAAAACUGUUGCACAUCACAUACAGGCCAAGCAACAGGAAGGCACGGCAUCCAAAGAAAAUCAUAGUUUCAAGGAAUGUAAUGGAAAUGAGAAGGACAAUCACUCUUUUAUUCUUGGUCUCACAUGUGUCCUCCACAGAGGCCUCGUCUGUCAGUGACCCAACGUAUUGCUAUAUUUUAGAUGUUUUUCUGCUGCUGUAUUCUAUCGUCUUUACUGCUCUCUACUUCAGAGAGAAGUUUACAAAGGAGGGACCUGUUCCUCCAGAUCCUGCGACCCCGGGCCGUAACCCCAAUGAGCCUGUAUAUACAGACUUGGAUCUGCCUCAGAUGAGUUCCGAUUAUCAGCAACUGGAUAGACCGAUAAGAAGACGAGAGCCAGAGACACAUUAUCAGGAAUUGAGAGCACAUACAAGUGAUGAAUACCAGGAAAUAAGAACUAAACCUCGCAAAGGCAAGAACAAAUCUAAUGAGGGUCGAGCAGGGAGAAACAGGAAUGCAGCCGAGGCUGUGGAGAUGGAAACAUUUCCCACUGAUGCAUUACACAAUUAACACAGAGCACAAGCUCAGGAGCAACCUCUAUAUCUGUUAACAGAUAAAUUGUAUAUCUUUGCUGAAUGCAUUUAUAUCUUUUUUUUUUUAAUUUGUUACUUCGCCUGACCUGUGUUUUGGAGUCUUGCAUAUAUUACAGUUCAAUGGUUUGGUGUCAGUAAGAUAAAAAAAAGAAAAGAAAUUAAUACCACUAUUUAGCAAGGAUGCAUGGAUUUGAUCAAAUGUCAGUAAAGACAGAUUUAUGAUGAAUUAUACAGAUUUUUUUUCUUUUAAUAAAUAUUGUUCUUUUGAACGUUUUAUACAAAGAAACUUGAAGCCCAACUGCUUCAGACGCAAGAAAUGUUUUUAUUGAGCACCAAAUCAAAAUAUUUUAAUGAAUUCUGAAGAAUGUGAUAUGUGAAAUUCAGCUUUGCCAUAACUGGACUAAAUAAACAUGCGAAAAUAUACUAAAAUUGACACGUUAUUUUGUAUUACUGUUUUACAUUACUUUGCUGCAUACUAAUUAAAUGCAUCUUUAUCAAGA